AUGCGUACUUGCUUUUUAUUUGGAUUAUAUGCACUGCUAAUAGCAGCAACAGUUGGUCAACCGCUGCCGGAAGCCAGCAAGGAUAAUGUGGCAGAGGAGCAAGGAUCACGUGUUGCACGGCAAGUUAUUCCUCCAUAUGGAUAUAGCAGUUAUGGCUAUAGUAGUCCAGGACUCGGUGGCUAUGGAGGCUAUGGAGGAUAUGGAGGCUAUGGAGGCUUAGGAUUCGGUGGACUCGGUGGACUGGGUGGAAUUAGUAACUACGGAGGAAUCGGUGGCAUAGGUGGUUAUGGUUCAGGAUUUAGCAACUAUGGAGGAUACGGUGGACUCACAGGCUAUGGUGGUGUUUAUCCCAGCUUCGGAUAUGGACGUUCUUUAGGCUAUGGUGGAUAUCCAUUGUAUGGUAGAGGUCUCUAUGGUGCCGGUAUUGUUUAA